GGCUCCGCCGCAGCCAAUCAGCUGACGGACGCGAUGCGGAGGGCGGGGCAGAGACGCACACGCGCUCCCUGCAUAAAUCAAGGGGAAACGGUGUGGCCGCCUGUAACACAGCGAACACGCACGUCUGAUUAACCUGAGCUCCGCAGAGACGUUAAAAAGCCAACAUGUCGGACAAGAAGGCAGUGAUAAAGAAUGCAGACAUGUCUGAUGAAAUGCAGCAGGAUGCAGUGGACUGUGCCAUGCAGGCUAUGGAGAAGUACAACAUUGAGAAGGACAUCGCUGCUUACGUCAAAAAGGAGUUUGACAAGAAGUACAAUCCCACAUGGCAUUGCAUCGUCGGGAGGAACUUUGGCAGCUACGUGACGCACGAGACGAAGCAUUUCAUCUAUUUCUACCUGGGCCAAGUGGCAAUUCUACUCUUCAAGUCGGGCUGAAAUCCAACCACGCCCUCGCAAAACUACUUUUAAGUCAGCCCUUAAUAUUUCUGUGCCAUGUUGUACAUUUGCUACCACGUUCCUGCAGACGUCUUACUUACAUCCUGGUUUCCUGCUUGCUGCAGUCUUGUUAUCUUUUACUGCCACACAAUACUACCACUGUCGCUGGAUGGCGCUUUAGUCCUGCCCAAACUGGUGGCGUGCUGUUCGUAGAAAAAUGCCAAUGUUAAAACUACCAAUGAUGCCAUCACUCAGGCAAGUGUUUGCAAACCUGAUAGACUGACCAUGAAUCAUAAUUUCUGUAUAUUAUUUUCUGCUGUGCAUUGAUGCAUGGACCUUGUACAUUAUUUCAUAUCCGUAUGUUGUAUGAUAACUUAUUUUUCAAGGAAUUAAAAUGAGCAACAGAGUUUUUGUUGAAAGGCCCUUUUCAUUUUCCAUGAAUAGUUGAAUAAAAACGCAGAGACUGUUGCUCACGCCUAAUAAAGGACAUUAUCUGCUAAGAGAUUGCAGGUUUUGUAAAUGCUUGAACAUUCCGGUUUCCACUUCUGCUGUGAAUAUUUACAAUGUCGUUGCUGUAUAUCUGGAAUGUAAUUUACUGUACACUUUGGUGUUGUGGUACUUUCAACAUGUUGAGCACAAAACUUUGAGACAGUAAAUUGGUGCAGAAUGUG